AUGGCGUCCCCGACUAUCACCAAAGUCUCCCUCGACGUGCCUGCCCUUGGCAAGGCUACUGGUCUCUGCUUCGACGGCCAGACAUGCCAAUACUACGGUGUCCCUUAUGCCACUGUUCCAGGUCGUUUCAGGCGGCCUCAGCCUGCUCCCAAGCCGUGGACCGGUAACAAGUGGGAUGGUACCAAGCUUGGAGCCAUGUGCCCGCAACCUCCAAGAGACUAUCAGUAUAUUCCCAACCCCGAACGGCCAUGGGUUGAGAAUGCGCCAAUAUCCAGCACGGAAUGCCCAAAUCUUCACAUCUCUGUCCCCGCACCCCCAGCCGAGGUCGCUGGCAAGCCUCUGUAUCCUGUGAUGGUCUUUGUCCACGGUGGCGCUUUUGUCUACGGGGCUGGAUCUGCCGCGAUAUACGACGGGAGAAGAUUGGCGCAGAUAUCACAGGAACAAAGCAUGCCGACCAUCAUUGUCACCAUCUCGUAUCGAGUGGGCGUUUACGGUUUCCUUGCCAGCAAGGAAAUCAAAGAAUACAACCGCCAGUUUGGCGAGAGUGGUGUUGGGAACUAUGGGAUUUGGGAUCAGAUUGAGGCAUUGAGGUGGAUUCAGGACCACAUUCAGGCCUUUGGUGGUGAUCCCAGCAGAGUCACCUUUUUUGGCCAGAGUGCGGGAGGAGUAUCCGCAAACAUCCACAUGCUGCGAGGCGAAAAGCUGUUCUCCUCGGCCAUCAUACAAUCCGGUCUGCUGCCCGUGUGCGGCGUGCUGUCUGAGGAGCAGUACCAAAUCAUUUACGACAAGCUUCUUGCCGUGCUCGAGAUCCCUACAGCCCUCGCACCCGAACAGCGUCUGCAGAGACUUAUCGAGAUGGACGAGUCGAAAGUGGAUCUUGCCCUGAUGUCCGUCGGCGUCAUCCCCGUCCUCACUCUCUCGCCCUGCGACGACCACUGUCUCCUACCCCAGGCGAUGCCCACGUAUUCAAGCUACUCGACUUUCGAAGCACCAUCUUGGUGCCCGCGCUUAAUGAUCGGAGAUGUAGCCCACGAAACACUGAUCUGGAACAAAUCCUUCAGAUCCCUCGAUGCUGGCGAACUCAUCUCUCGGAUCAAAUUGUUCCUCAAAGACGAUGUCAAGGCGCAGAAACUCAUGGACUUGUAUCAAAUCACCCCCGAUAUGGAUCGCAAUAAAACAUUCUACAAGAUCGGGAAGUUUACCACUGAUGGCUUGUUCCUUGCCGUCCACUGGGCUGCCCUUCGCGCAAAUCCAAAGAUGUAUGCUUAUCGCUUCGAUGUGCCGUCUCCGUUUGAGACAGACUUCCAGGCACAGGCGCAUCAUUCCUUGGACAACGUUUUUGUGUGGGGUCUACUCAAGGAGUCGCUUCCACCCAAUCAACAGCGUAUCUCAGAGAAGAUGUCUGAGUCCUGGUUGCGGUUUGCCAAUGGCCAGGAGCCUUGGGAUCGCUUUGACAAGAACAAAGAGUUCAUGGUCUUUGGCCCAGAUGACUAUGGCAUGAGAAGCAUAUCCGAUGAUGCUAAAAGGGGUUAUGCCAUAUGGGAGGAGAUUGAGCGGGAAGGACUCAUGCAAGACUUUGGAGAACUAGCAGAUGAGUUGUGUAUGAGGCACUCAGAGGUCUGCGAUCCCAAUGUGCCACCGAAAGAGCUUGUCACGGACGAUUUUGUGACCCUGGGAAUCAGUACAGGAAACCAACUCGGUGGGUUGCGGAUGGACUUUUGA